AUGACGAGCAUCAAGGUUGCCCUUGUCGGAGCUACCGGCAAUCUCGGUCCUGCUGUGCUCAAGGAGCUGCUUGCUGCAGGCUUUGACGUGACUGUUCUCACCAGACAAGGCAAUAGCAAUACCUUUGACUCCCGUGCCCAUGUUGCAGAGGUAGAUUAUGAGUCUCUCGACUCGCUUAAGGCCGCUUUGUCCGGUCAAGAUGUUGUAGUCAGCACUUUAAAUGUCGGCGCCGUUCCCAAGUCCAUCCAUCUGCGCUUGGUUGAUGCAGCAGUGGCGACUGGCGUGAAGCGAUUCAUUCCUUCGGAAUACGGCUGCGACACCACGAAUCCUCUCGCUUCCACAUUACCUGUCUUUGGCGAUAAGAUCAGCGUUCAAGAACAUCUCAAGAACGUCACUCAGCAAUCGGGUCUCAGCUACUCGCUGCUCAUUACUGGCCCCUUCCUCGACUGGGGUCUUGAAAAAGGCUUCGUGCUGAAUCUUGCUGGCCCGGCUACACUAUAUGAUGGCGGUGAUCGCCCUUUUAGCUCAACUACUCUCGCUGGCAUUGGCAAGGGAGUCGUUGGAAUUAUCAACAACCUUGAAGCCACUAAGAACUCCACAAUUUAUAUCAAUGAGGCUAGGGUCACACAGAAUGAGCUGCUGGAAUUGUCCGGCAAGAGCCUCGAGACAAAUAUUGUGCAAACCACAGACCUGGAACAGGAGGCUUUUACAGAACUGGCCAAGCCAGCCCCCAACCCGGCAGUCUUUGCCCCGAAAUUUAUUCUGCGGGGUAUCUUUGGUGAAGGACAUGGUGGUCUUUUCGAUUCUGAGAAGCUUUCUAACGAUUUGUUUGGCCUGAAGACUCUGUCCAAGGAAGAAAUUCGUGGUCUUAUUCCCCACUGA